AUGAGUUCCUAUGCUGUGCACUGUCCUCCUAAUGUUAACAACUCAGCCAAGGUUACUACAGAGAAGAGAAGAUUGGGAACAACACCUUCAAACGACAAUACAACGUUAGAGAGCAGUAAACCAACGAUUUAUCAUGACGUGGACAAAUGCGCUGAGGCUUUCAUUCAAAACUUCCGUCGACAGCUUCGUCUUCAGUGUGAUAACAUAUAA